GGGUUUAUUGAUCAUAUCCAACAUGACACUGAUGAUGUCUGAGUGAUCUUGGAUUUUUCCGCUCUUCAAAUGAUCAUCAAUCACAAGUUCAAAGAAAUUGGUGAGUUUGGCAAAGGCUUUGUUCACCGUGGAAUGCUGACCGGAGAUCCGAUCUAUGAUCCACCCUGCAGCUCGAAGAAAUCUGGGAAAGGAAAGAGACCUGGAAACCGUUUCUGGAAGAACAUUGGUUUAGGUUUCAAGACUCCUCGUCGUGAAGCCAUUGAAGGGAUGAAUCUUUCUCCGUUCAAGAGAGAUAUCGAUGAGCUCAUAGACGAGUUUGUGGAGGGUGAUUUGACAACGUAUGCUGAUAUGAAGAGCGUGUGGCUAUCCCGAAAUUUUUCUUAUAUAUAUGAUGCUAGUCCUAACAGCAACUUAGCCUUUUUCAUGCAGUCACUAUAUGUUCAUACCAUCGGUAACAUGGUUAGUAUUGAUUCCUUUUCACGGAGACUUGGAGGUCUCUACUGUCUCUAUUGCCUUCAUGAGAUCCAACCCUUUAAACCCAAGUUCAGAAUUUAUAUCUCACUUCAAGAGCUCGGGAAAUUUAGGGACCUUGUAGUUGAGGCAAAAGAUAAAGGUGUAGAGAUAGCUGCUGCUGUGGCAAAACAAAUGCUUGAUAAGAACAUGUUUAUCUUUGGAGCUGUAGAGGAAGCUUCUGCAACCAGGAAAGUUAAUCAAUUAACAGAGCUACAGAACGCACGUGUGCGGUUUGCCUAUGAUAGGUUAAUCUCUGACACUAGUAUUGAGCAAUUUAUUCAUUUGGAUAUGGGUAAGGAAGUUAAUCUGAAUUCCCUAGAUAAAAUGUCUAUAGAAUAUGCAGAGGCCAAGAAGCGUGCAAUUGAAGGUGCAGGACAAAUAAUGGAGAUUGAGGACAUAAAGCACAUAUCAGAAGAGAAAGAGUUGAUGGGAGAGAGAAUGGAGAAACUGAAAGAGGAAUGGGAUUCACAAAGACUUUCAUUUUAUGAACAAACCAAGCUUGAUGGUCUUACUACGACACCGGAACUGUUGAAAGAUGUGGAACAUGAUGAAGAUGAUGGGUUUGAUGAGCUUGAUCGCUUACUUUCUCAAAGCUAGUUUUGCCAUUGCAAUCGCCAUUCAAGGUUGAUGGAUGCCCGCGGCGCGGAUGAAAAACUCUCUGUAGUUAUGGCAUUUACAAGUAAAAUAUCAGAGUCAGGUUGUUGAAGAGAGCUACACACAAAUCUCAUUAAAUCAAGAGAGCAACAUGUUUGAUUAGGAGAAUAUAUUGGUUAGUAAAUUCUGUAUCUAACA